AUGAUUUUCGAGAACCGCCGGAUUUCCGCUAAAAUCAUAGCUGAGACUCAGCAGAUUUCUUGCAAAAGACUUGACCUCAUCAUCUACAAUAUUCUAGACUUGAGAAAACUUCCUGCAAAAUGGGUGCCGAAAUUCCUGAACGCAGACCAGAAGCGCAUCAGAGUGACGACGUCAAAGACAAUUUUGGACCGUUCUACAACAGGAGAGGCUGGUUUUAUAACCAAGCAGCAAUCAAUGGAGUGGGACCAUAACGGUUCACUGUGUCUCAAGAAGUUUCGAACCCAAAAUUCAAUUGGAAAGAUUCUAGCUGCAGUGUUCUAG